AUUGGACUGCACACGCCCAGCCUCAGCACCAGCGCAUCCUCCAAACCCCGCGUUUGUUCCUCGAUCCGUUCAAGGCCAAGCUCACGAUAUUCUCGUUUUUUCGCUGCGUUAUCCUCGCUCUUAGCGAGCCGUUAUGUCUAUAAAGAUAAACAGUGAGCCAUGCCCAAUGCCGAACGCCGCCUGACUCCAUUCCUGUCGCCGCCGCCGCCACUGCUGCUGUUGCUAUUUACACGCUCUUUGCUUCUGAUUUCUGAUGCGCCAGUUGGAGCCGCGAAUGAGGGCGGCGGCCUUCAGCCCAUUUUGCCCGGGGACAAUGGCGAGAAUGCCAGCACCACGCCGAGUCCUCCGGGGGUGUUUCUCGGAGCACCUGCUUUUACUGAAGAGCCCCGGUUUGCCCUAAAGGUUCUGGUGAGAGACAUGGCGACACGUCAUCUCUUGCCAGGGGCCUCAAUUGGGAUUUAUGUGAACCACACUUUGAGCAGCUCCACCUGGACAGGGGAAAAGGGUGAAGCUCUGCUUUGGGUGCCGUACAGCCCCUGGCUGAGUCUGACCCUGGUGGCCAGCAUGGAGGGUUACGUCCCCAGCUCACUGCCUUGGAGCACGACCAAGAAACCCAUCUUCUCUGCCGUGACGUUGCUGCUGCUGCCUCAGAGGCAAGGAAAUAUCUGGCUAUUUGAAGACACAGUGCUCAUCACAUCCAAGUUACCUGACAGUGCCUCUCAACUAAAGAUAAAGAUUCCCAAGAACCUGCUCACACUACCUUUCAAGAGCAACAUGUCAUCAUUGACACCUUACCUGACUGUGCCAGAGUUAAGGAAGGAGUGUGACAGCUGCACUCCAGGCAUUAUUGUCAACACAUCAGUUUUUAGAAGCAUUGGGUUGAAGCCAGUGGCAGCAGUCAGUGUCCGGCUCUAUGCGGGAGGCCAGGAGCUCCAGGUUCAAGGACCCAUCCAGUUUAAUGUGCCUCUGGGGAGCGGCACCCGCCUCAGAGCCUCUGACACCAUACCAGCCUGGUCUUUCAACCUACAGACAGGUGCCUGGGAGAAUCAGGGCCUGGGAAUAGUGCAGAACGUUGAUAAAGAGCUGUUUUGGACAUACACCGCUUCUCACUUGGGAUACUGGAUCGUUGCCCCCUUGCCUUCAAACGAUAAUGGAAGCUCUUUGGAUUUCCUUUCCUAUCACAACCUCCUGUUGGUGGGAAUACUGGCAGGAACUCUUGUAGUCAUGAUUGGAUUCCUGUCUUUGCUCUUGUGUCAAUACGGUUCCCAGCGAGAGCCCAGGGGCAGACGAGCCCGUUUUUCCAAACUCACAGUGGUGAAAAAAGACCAGACUACCUCCAUGCACAUGGAGGAGGGUCUGCUCUUUCACUCAGGUGAGAAUAUCCUGGCUUCCUGUCACGUCCAGUGUGACCCUUUGUCCACCCCAAGGCACAAAGCCAACUACAACAUCUAUGUGGAAGACCCAGCCAGUCAAGUAACAGCUCCUCUAUAUGAGAAUAUUUCUGCUGAUCAUAUCAAAAUUCCCCAAGUGCUCACUCACUACAUCAACAACGAGGAGAUAUCUCAAUUUAUGGAGCGCAGCAACUUAAAUAUUGAUAGCUUCUUUCCGGACAAACUGGUUCAUAUCUACAACCAUCCAGUGGCCAUCAUUCAGGCACCAGAGCUUUUCAGCAGCCAAGAGCCACAGAAAGCCGGCUGUAAGUCUGCCACAUUCCCCCGUAAUGGAAAUGAGUUUGACUCUCACUCAGAAGCACCAAGUAAAGACGGCUACACACAGACGCUUGGCAAAGUUCAAAGCAGCCAACAGCAUAGCCAUCAAGAUGAGCCCCAGCCUCUCGAAACUACUCCCCCAAGCCAAGGCCCUCCAGCUGUAUGGGGCCGCUACAGUAACCUUCUUGAGUCCUCUGUCUCAGUGCCAGGGACUCUCAAUGAGGCGGCCGGGAUGGAAGGCUUUAGCGGCGGUCACGGCAUAUCGAGCGAGCUGCAAGGGAUCUCAGAGCGCACUCUGUUGGAAUUGACCAGGUGCAAGUCUUCGUCUUCCCACCCCAGGGCCUGGUUCGUCUCCCUGGAUGGGAAACCGGCCGCUCAAGUGCGCCACUCCAUCAUUGAGCUCCACAGCCGCCACCGCCCUACCAGCAGCAACGACACCAGCCUGGACUCCGGGGUGGACAUGAACGAGCCUCAGCAGAACAUCCGUGAGGUGCGACGGGAAAGGACAUCAAUCAGGGCUUCCUCGCUUCCGCAGCACAGCAGAAGCGGAAGGUAUGGCGAAGAGCAGGAUCUGAGUAGUAGCGAGAGUGGCACUACGGCCACUGGCACUCCAGAGGACCCCUCCCUCAGGAACAUUCUAGAUGGAAGCAGCGGAACUAUUCCCAACAUUCCCGAGGAGCAAGACGGAAUGGACACAUCCAGCGCUCAGGAAGACAGUGAGCUCAGAGAGACACCCCCACCACGCCGCCUGAGGAAGUGCAAGGAGAAGGUGAAAUCAGAGAAAAGAAAUACCAAGCACGUUCGAGAGGGGCGACCUCUGACCAAGCGAAAAUAGUUGAAGCAAGUUCCUUUGUCCAGGAACCGCCGGCUUGCUUUUCCUCUUCUAGGCAAUGUUGUUGUCGAACUCUGUGAUUGUACAACUUUGCCAAAGAUUGCAGAAAUGCUCUGCUGAAGCAUCAAGAACCUGCAAACACAUUUUGAAGAUCACCAGCAGGAUUCCUCUUGUGGACGUUCAUGUCCCACAGUCCAAGCAGAAAGAGUGCCUUCUUUCUGCAUCCAACAGUGAAGUAAGAUGGAGUUAAUGCUGGUGAGUCUGCAGGAUGGACAUAACACAGGGCAACAGUGCACUUAUCCUCACCAUCAACCCACGGCGCCCACAUAUGGCUUAUCCCCCCGCCCCCACACUUUCAAAGAAAAACCUUACGAAAUGAUACUGAGAAUCGAAUUGAGAUGGCUUUCUGUUAAGGUAAUGGAAUUUGUAAAACUCAACUGCCUUUUUUGAUGUGCAUGAAAAAAAAUUUUUUUUGGUUUCGUUUUUUUAAUGAGAAAUUAUUCUCACUACAGUACAAAUGUAGUUUAGGAUUGUAAGCAUUAUUCAUCCUAGUGAUCAUUUUCAACCUCAUCACAGCAGCACUUCCUUUCAUGUAUUGUAUAUGUUACUUGUGAAAUUACAUUUUGUGCCUUGGAGAAUCGCUUGAUCAUGUUCUUUCGUCUUUAUUCGUUGUGUAAAUAAUGGGACUCAAGCAACCAUCGCUCUGUCCAAUCCAAUACAGAAUAUUCAUGUUCAUGCACAAUGCCAAAUCCAGAAAUAUUAGCAGCAAAAUUGAUGUUUAAAGCUGAGCAGUUUUGCCAAAUGUAGUCUUCCAUGAUGGAUUCAGGUUUGGUUUCAGUUGUCAUGCGUGUGUAUACUGUAGAGUCAAAUUGCUUCAGUUAUGUGACUGUGAUGUUGAUUGUGCAAUUUUCUUCUAUUUGUACACUUAAUUCAUUUCAAAAUCUUGCAUUCACUGUUUUGGAGUUUCUUAGAAAUGAAUACAAAACAGAUAGAUGUUUCUUUUAAAUGUAGCAACAAUAUGAGCACUUAAUGAGUCAACAGGCUUAUCUAAAACAAAACAACAACAUUCACUUCAAGUAAUUUCUUUAAAUGUAUUUGUAAUGCUUUGGCAGUCAUGACACAUUUCUUCCCAAUCACUAUGUAUUCAUUUUAUGUGCUUUAAAGUAUUAAACACAUUUGUUUUGAA